UCUCUCUCUUUCUGAUCCCCUUUCCUCUUCCUUUCCCUCCGUCUGUCUCUAUCCUUUUCUGUUUGUCUAUCUGUCUGUCUCUCUUAAUCGUACGUAACACGGUUCUCCGUCCUCUUUGGACAAUCGAAGACAGAAAUGCGCUUUUGAGACUAAAAAAAGAUGGAAAAGGAGAUAAAGGCUCGAACGAAAAAGAAAGUAAAAGAGGCAGAGAGACAAUAAAAAAGGGAAGGAGAAAGAAAGAGAGAGAGAGAGAGAGAGAAUUGAAAGUGUAUGGAUGAUAAGAUGCGAGAGAGAGAGAGAGAGUAAGAGACGAAUAUGUUCGGACGGUGACGAAUGGGAUCUGAUAUCUACACGUUCGCGAUUUUUCUUGCGAUACCUUUGCGAAUUCGUACGGUGGUGCGGUAAAAGAAAAGAGCAAAGUGACGUGUUACACGUGUGUAAGUGCAUAUAUGAGUGCCAUCUGAGAGAUUUCAAGGACCGGGGAAAAAUCCUGCCUAAGAUUUCUACGCUACGUAUCUCCUGUUAUGUAUAUUUCGAGGCAGUAGCAACGACUUCAACUAUGAAGUUACAGCAAAUUUUCGCGCAUUUUAUCGCGUCAAGAUGCGAUAAAAAAAGGCUGUGAUUACUUAACUUUUUCAUCAAUAUAAAUCUCAAUCUCUUAAAUCGAUUGAUUAAUUUAGUAUCAAAUAUGAUAUGAAAUCAUUGAUUUCUUCCUUUGAAGACUUUCCAACGAUCGAUAUAUCGAUACGAACUUUUCUUAUUCUUUAAUUGAAAGAAUUAAGGAUUGAAUUUGCAAUACGGUAAACUUUUAUUGAAAAAUAUGUUUCAUCGUUGAGAAGCAACUAAGAAGAGGAUAAAUUAUAAUUAGGCAAAUUCAUAAAAACUGUAAACCGUAAAAAUAAGAAAAGCCGAAUAUUGUCUAAAGAAGGCAUUUAAUAUUACGGGACCGUAAAUAAUAUCCCCGUCACGGUGGCCAGUUUAGUAAGUGGCAACGUAGCAGCACGAUAUAAUGAAGGGUCGGAGGUUAUUGUUACGGGGGAUGUCAUCCUGGCAGCCUCAUCCAGGUUAAAAGGAACAAUUAAUCCAUCAACCACGACGACGACGACGACAGCAGAAACGACAACAACCUCCAGCAUGGAUACCAGUGGCGAUUCGAGUCUCGACACCGCUAAUGGCACCGCUGCUGCAAGUGUUGCCGCAAGCGUUGCCGCAAUCGCCUCCGUCGUCGGCGGCACCGCAUCCUUGACGGUUAAGGCCGAGAGACCCGAUCAUCUGGCGGGAACGUCGACGUCGCCCGCUGUGGCUGCUGGACCGAUCGGUACCGGAAGUAGCCUCUUCGCCGGUAUCGCCAAUAGCAAUAAGACGAGCAGACCGGAUGAUUGGCUAGCGACAAGCAGUCCAGAAUCACCGCAGAGUUCUCUGCAGAGUCAGCACGUGGUCUAUACCGUCUCUCAACAGCAAUUGUCGGAGCAACCUCCUGUAGCGCACUCCAGUCCUCAUCAACAAGUUAGCAAUAAUGGAUAUGCGAGUCCCAUGAGCACAGGCAGUUACGAUCCGUAUAGUCCCAACGGUAAAAUAGGUAGGGACGAACUGUCUCAGUCAGGUUCAAUAAACGGUUACGGAAAUAAUUCCGGGGGUGGUAAUUGUGGUGGAGGUGGCGGUGGCAAUGGGAAUGGAAGCGGUACUAGUGAAGGGUGUGAUGCAAAGAAAAGGAAAGGACCCACGCCACGGCAACAGGAAGAAUUGUGCCUUGUAUGCGGCGAUCGUGCGUCUGGUUAUCACUACAACGCCCUGACGUGCGAGGGUUGCAAAGGAUUUUUCAGACGCAGCAUCACCAGGAACGCUGUAUACCAGUGCAAGUAUGGCAAUGGCUGCGAAAUCGACAUGUAUAUGCGACGCAAGUGUCAGGAGUGCAGACUAAAGAAAUGCUUGACGGUCGGUAUGAGACCAGAAUGCGUUGUGCCCGAAUAUCAAUGUGCGGUAAAGAGAAAGGAGAAGAAAGCACAGAAGGAAAAGGACAAACCGAAUAGUACGACGAUGAAUGGUUCACCAGGCAGCGCCGGAAUAGGUGAUCAGAUGGGCGUGAAAAUCGAACCAGCGGAAGCGGAAUCGUUGUCUGUGUCUGGAAGUAGUGGCAUUCUCACUCCUGUCAGCCCUUACACUUGUGUCAAGCCUAUUAGCCCUGAACAAGAGGAACUAAUAAACAGGCUCGUGUCUUUCCAAUGUGAAUUUGAGCAACCAAGCGAAGAGGAUCUGAAAAGGAUUACGAAUCAACCCCUGGAGGGCGAAGAUCCGAGUGACUACAGUUUCAGACACAUCACUGAAAUUACGAUCCUGACCGUGCAGUUGAUCGUUGAGUUCUCGAAGAGGUUACCCGGUUUCAACGAGUUGUUGCGCGAAGAUCAGAUUACCCUGUUGAAAGCAUGCUCCAGUGAAGUGAUGAUGCUGCGAAUGGCAAGAAAGUACGAUGUGCAAACUGAUAGCAUCAUUUUUGCUAACAAUCAACCGUAUACGCGUGACAGCUACAAUGUCGCCGGAAUGGGAGAAACCAUCGAGGAUCUUUUACGAUUCUGCCGUCAAAUGUAUGCCAUGAGGGUCAAUAAUGCCGAGUAUGCUUUACUCACAGCUAUCGUCAUUUUUUCAGAGAGACCCAAUCUGUUGGAAAGCAGAAAGGUGGAGAAGCUUCAAGAGAUCUACUUGAAGACGCUGAAAGCGUACGUGGAUAAUCGUCGUCGGCCGAAGUCUGGUACGAUCUUCGCUAAGCUCCUGUCAGUUUUAACCGAACUUAGAACCCUUGGCAAUCAAAACAGUGAGAUGUGCUUGAACUUGAAAUUUAAGAACAAGAAGCUGCCAGUUUUCCUCGCCGAAAUCUGGGACGUGAUGCCCUAGUUUCCCAGUCGCCGAUUAACGGCAAUUGCGCCGGUCGGCUGAACAAAUUUUUUGACGUCGUAAUAGCAGCAGCAGCGGCAGCAGCAGCAGCAGCAGCAACGGCGUCGAUGGACGCAUGGACGUGGAAAACGGCCUGCGCGACUCUUAUACUAGUGCACCACUAUGCCACUGCCUCACCGUCGCAAGUCAACAUAUUGUAUCAGACGCUGUUCUAGGUUCAUUACGAUCAUUUGUUCUUUCUCGAUGAUCGACCACCUCUAGGUAUCAUCCUGGACUGAUCGAUCUUUAUAUGGUUUGUAAGGAUAAGCAUAAACAAGCCGGCCCUGCACCACUCGCGUGUGAUUCACAUGUGACGCAAAAAAAAAGUCGUACUUCGCAGAUCUGGAUGUAUGGAUGUGAAACUGUAAAAAAGAGAGAGAAAACCGUCGAAGAUUUUUGUGAAAAUGGUAAAUGAUGCAAAUGAUGAGUUCAUUUAAGAGCAACGUAUUAAUGAGGACAUACACUAUCAAAAAAAAAAAAAAAAAAAAAGAAAAGAUACAUCUGUGAUAAAAGAGUUGAUCCAUAUAGUACUAUGAAACGAAGGAUUCAGAGAAUCAAGGCUUUAUGCUACCAAAGAUCCAUAAUAUCAAAUAAACGUGAUAUCAAAUCAGUAUGAUCCAUAGAAACUGAUCUUUGGAGAAAAGUCUAGCCACUUAUCUAUUUAAAUCUAUAACCUCCAUAAUAUUCAUCUAUCAAAAAUAUUUUAUUUAAAUCGAAUCAACGCUCACUUUGAGCCACGAGCCAAUCGUACCAGUAUUUUCUCUUGCGCGCGAAGUCACAUAUUGUAAACAAAGCCACGCGAGCCACGUAGGGCCGGCUCGAGAACGAGGAAGAAGAAAAAGCCCUGCAUAUUGGAAACGUGCGGAAACAUGUGCAUUUCGAACAGGAGCAGAAGAGGAAACAUAAAAAAGGAUUAUACAUUGUUGUGAGAGAAAGGCAGUGGCGCGGCCCAGGCUGUGAUACAUAGAGAACAGUACAGAGAAUGAAGAUAUAUAAAGAAAGCUACCUGCAAUUUACAUUUUAUCGCUAUGUCUCCUACCUGGAUACAUCCUUACAUACAAUCGAUAUGUAAAUGUAAUGUAUUAUAUGAUAUAAGAUAUAUUGAUAUAUCGGAUGAAUCACAUUUGUCAUUCAAGAGAAAGUGAAUAGUGACAAAUGCAAUUAUUAUAAGGGAGAGAAAAAAUAGAAGGAUAUAGUAACAGGGUGAGAAAAGGAGAAUCGUGAUAAUGACGAAGAAUAAUUAUUUAAGUAAUCGGCGAUACCGCUCGCAAAAAGAAAGUUCGAGAAUUAAAAUCUUUAGUCAACAGUAAUAUACAACAUUCUCCCAAGUUUUGACCGUAAAAAGAGUAAAGAUGAAUAAAGCCUGUAAAGUGUUCGCUGUUGAGCAGCGUCGCACAAAUGGAGCGCAAAGUUAAAGAAAGAAACGAUACAUAACAAUACCAUAGAGUCUAUAUCACGCAUACACAUACAGCAUAAUAUAUCUUGCUAGCAUAUACAUUGUUCAUAUAGAGAGAAGGAGAGAGUGCGAGGAGCAUGCAUGUGUGCGCGCACGUAAAAGAAAGAAAGAAAGAAAGAGAGAGAGAGA